AUGUCCGAGAACUUGAAGAGAGCCGAGUCGCUAUUUAACCGGAUCAUGAACCCGAACAAGCAGCAAGGCUCCAGCGAGCCCGGGCCGCAGAAAUACCACAAGGCGGCCAGUCACAACCACCACCAGUCCGGUGACCCGGAGCUGGGCCGUGGCAACGGCCGCCAUUCGAGCAAUCAUUCCAACGCGCACCGGUACUCCGGCCGGUCGUCGUACAAACACCCGACCGCGCUCGCCGUGUCCACCGUUGACGUGCCCAAGCGAGACCCGGAGCAAGAGGCCAAGGCCGCGGUGAGCGCGCUUGCCGAGAAUCUGCAUGUUUUGCCCUACUGCUGGACCAUCUGGCACCACUCGCGGAGCAAGACGAAGGUGCCCGCGGUGGCCGACGAGGGCGGCUCCGCGGCGCCCGACGCCGCCAAGGCCGGCGCGGCGGCCGUGGACUCGUACUUGCAGGCGGCCACGGAGAUCGAGUUCCCGUGCUUCGGGCAGCCGGAGAAGCCGGUGAAGCCCAUCGCGUCGCUAGAGCAGAUGUGGAUGAGCUUGUCGGCGUUGAAGAAGUCGCACGAGUUGGUGAACGGGAGCGAGCUCUUGGUCUUCAAGACGGGGGUCAACCCGGUGUGGGAGGACCCGAUCAACUCCCGCGGCGGGCGGUGGGUGUUCCGCUUCAGCCACCGCGUGAACCCCAACGCGGCCAGCCAGGAGAGCCAGGAGGCCAUCCAGAGGGGCCGGCGCAGGGCCACGUUGGUGUGGGAGCGGUUGGUGCUCAAGACGUUGACCGGCUGCAUCCUCCUGGGCCGCAAGGAGCACCACGACGCGUUGUUGAGCGACAUUGUGGGCUUGGUGCUCAGCGUGCGCCGCGACGAGGAGAUCAUCAGCAUCUGGAACUCCAACUCGCACGUGAGCAAGAAGUCCGCGGACGACGAGGACAAGAAGGGCUCCGUCGCCGGCUUCCAUGCCAGGAGGGUGUACUGCGAUGCCAUCUUGCGAGUGAUCCGCGAGGUGGAUGCCAUCAUGCAAGGCUCGGACUGUGUGGAGACCCAGUUGAGCUCGUCCAACGAAAGAGUCAAUGGAGUGACGUUCGAGUACAGGCUCCACUCGGACAACUCGCACCCGUACAACCCCAACGAGCGCCGGAGAGGAAAGGGCUACCACCACCACCAUCAGAAGGAGGAGAAGGACGAGGACGCGUGA